CGAGUUAUCUCCACAACGUCACUUUCGAUCGCGGGGUUGGAGGCUGGACCAGAGCGGCUGGAAAUAUCGGCUUCUCAGCAACCUUGAUCGACUGUUGCGAUUGGGCGAGGGGGAUCGGCUUCGCGGAGCUUAGCGCUGAUAUUGGAAUCUUUCACUCCUCUAAAACAGGCAUAAGCUAAUAUAAGACUGACACGUUCGCCUUCACAUAUCUUCAAUCAACUAGUCACGAAGGAACACAACCCGCCAAUAUGUUUCUAUCCUUCCUGUUCACUUGGUACUCCCUCUUGGCAGUUCCAGUUCUUUACUAUCUCCUUCCAUACAUCCGCAAUUGGCAAAUCAGAGAUAUACCAGGCCCGUUCCCUGCGGCAUGGACAAACCUCUGGUUGCUCUAUCAAUGCCGUCAAGGAAAGCGAUACCUCGCUGUUGACGACGCACAUAAGAAGUACGGCACACUGGUCCGCAUCCAGCCCCAUCAUAUCUCAGUUGCGGACGCGGAUGCGAUCCCAAUCAUAUACGGACACGGAAACGGUUUUCUAAAGAGCGAGUACUAUGAUGCCUUCGUCUCCAUCCAGCGCGGGCUCUUCAAUACCCGUGACCGCGCUGAGCAUACCCGGAAACGCAAGACCGUCGCUCAUACCUUCAGUGCCAAGUCGGUUGGCCAGUUUGAGCAGUACAUGCACCAUAACCUCGAGGAACUGGUCCAGCAAUGGGACCGCAUGGCAGCGUCGGCAAAAGGCGGGUAUGAGCACAUGGAUGCGUUGAACUGGUUCAACUACCUCGCUUUCGACAUCAUUGGCGACCUAGCAUUCGGUGCUCCUUUUGGAAUGCUAAAAGAAGGGAAGGAUUUCGCAGAGGUUCGCUUGACGCCUGAUUCGCCGCCAACGUUCGCUCCAGCUAUCGAAGUGCUGAACCGGCGUGGUGAGGUAUCCGGGACUAUUGGUUGUCUCCCUCAGAUUAAGCCCUACGCUAAACACUUUCCCGAUCCGUUCUUCUCACAAGGAAUGAAGGCAAUCGAAAAUCUAGCUGGCAUCGCAACGGCUCGCGUCAACGCCCGUUUGGCUGCACCUGAGACCAAACGCGUCGAUUUACUCGCCCGGCUCAUGGAGGGCCGCGAUGAACGAGGCCAGAAGCUCUGCCGUGAGGAAUUGACCGCUGAAGCACUCACCCAGCUCAUUGCUGGCAGCGACACGACGAGCAACACGAGCUGUGCGCUGCUGUACCACUGCCUGAAACACCCAGAGGUGAUAAAGAAACUCCAAGAAGAGCUAGACCAGGCCAUUCCAGAUGUAGAUAUGGUUCCCGAGUUCGCCAUGGUGAAGGACCUGCUCUAUCUUGAUGCCGUGAUCAAAGAAACAAUGCGGAUCCACUCAACAUCUUCCCUCGGCCUCCCUCGCCAGAUCCCCCCCGGACCAGGGAUCACCGUCUGCGGCCACCACUUCCCGCAAUUCACCGUUCUUUCUGUACCCGCGUACACGAUCCAUCACAGCACCGCCAUCUGGGGCGCCGACGCUGAAGUCUUCCGCCCAGAGCGCUGGGCUACUGCUACAGAGGCGCAGAAAGCCGCCUUCAUCCCAUUCAGCUACGGCCCGCGUGCCUGUGUGGGCCGAAACGUUGCGGAGAUGGAAUUGAUGCUUAUUGUAUCAACAGUCUUCCGGCGGUAUGAGUUUGAGCUGAGGCAGGGAGAGUUGGAGACGCGGGAGGGGUUUUUGAGGAAGCCACUGGGGUUGCAAGUUGGCAUGAGGCGACGAGAAGUGUAGUGGCAUCGUGGGCGAGGGACUAGUUGAUCAAGAAUAAAUGUGCUUGUAUACAUCAGCUUGCAAUGAAUCAUCUCUAGUAUCCUUAAAUAUGCAGGCAAUGCCUAUUUGCUGAAAGCGGAAUCGGAUAAUGGAAUUAGAGUCAAAGCUCUUAGAAAGUGAGCUCUUAGAAGAUAGUAUUAAAGAAACGCUUAAACUAGAUACAUCUAAAAUAGGUUAAAAACUCAAUAGACAUC